GAUGAGGCAAGGACUGAAGCAGAGACGGAAGAUGACAAUACACAUUCGCACCAACUCCAAUCACAACAAAUUCAACGGCGUCAGGCUUCAGAAGGUGGGAGCUCAAAAGCCGAUGUGCAAACUUCGCGUCCAUGUGCGACAGAUGAGAAUCCGUUGGACCCACUUUCCUGUGGUGCCAGUUCGAAUAGUCAGGAAUGUGCUUCCAGGCGACUUCAGGAUAGCUUAAAUUAUGAUGUAGCAUCAGUUGCACUGGCAGCUGGGAAUCUCAGUCUGCAUGAAACGAACUUGACGGUACCGAGCAUCCAUGCUGAGCCUGGAUGUCCUCAGUCAGCACCAGUGCCGAAUGCUGAUCAUGCUGGUCAUGCACGGUGCUCUAUGGACAUAUCUGGUGUGGAGGAAGAAAAUGCAGCUGAAGAGCAUUACCAGUUAGUGAAUGAAAGCUCCAACAAUCUUGAGGGCCUCGUCUACGAUGUGUGGUCCUCGUCAAUUCUGCCCUGCCUGGAUGUCAGGUCAAUUUUCCGCCUCUGCAGAGUGUCGAGAAAGCUACGAGAACAGCUGCUGACGGAGCAGACAUUCAAGCUUCUCUGUGUGCAUCGCUACGGUAUCAGCCCAUUGUUGAGUGAAUCAUACAUCGGCACCAGCAAAACAUUGUAUGUGGCCACAUCCGUCGGUAGAUUAGAUUUGGCAUUGGCUGAUGUGACCAACAGUUUACCAAUUUCGUUUCCUCUCCUUAAGGUGGUGCAUGAUAUCCCACGUCCAGUCCUACGUGCCAGCGACGAAGAACUGGUAGUUUGUCUCCCAUCGCUCUCUUCCGAGAUGGCAAAUUUGGAAAUGGAGGAAAACUGCUUUCUGCGCGUUAGUAUCCGACAGGUUUGCCUGGCACAUCCAGAAUCGGUAGUUAAGCACUUGCCAAACUUGAAGAUAGAAGAUAUUGAGCAAUCACCUCCAUUGCCGAUUCCUGCUGCAACGCGUUCCAACCUGGAUGGUGAUGUGCUCCUAUCAAAUACAAUGCAGUGCUGCUCUGAAUGGCCUCAUCUCAGCGCUCUGUCAAGCCUCUCGUUAAAGCGCUGCGGUACACUAGAAGUCUAUCAGACACAUCUCAUCAAGAAGAUUUCACGGACCGUUUCGAACUGGGUGCCUUUUCUUCCCAAUCACUAUCGCGCUCAGAGACUGCUCGCAGUAGUUGAGGCGUUGUCGUGCACCGGUGACAUUUUGCCUGAAUCACUGGAGUGUCUGGGUAUAAAACCAACUAACCUACCUGGUUAUGAGUUCUGGUUUGCUAUGGAGAUCACCAAAUGGCAUACAGCAUUGCAGCUGUACAUCGUGAAUCAGCUGGAUCUGUCCCUGGAGGACUACAUCACCGUCUGCCUGAGGCAUCGGCGGUACAGAGAUAAGCACAGGGUCUUUACCGUAGACGAAUGGAGGAAUUUUUACGAGGGCUUGGGAUUUUUCCUGAGCGAAGUGUUGCAUCGCAAUCACAGCGAGAAGAGGGUCAGCAGGGAGGAGCUGUUUGAAUAUUUUGUACAGCACUGCCAUGAGGGGGGCCACAGCUGCCUAAACCAAGCAAAAGAUGGUUUUCCUGAAGAACGUGACUUUGCUCGCCAGCUGCUUGGACUAGACCGCCAAAUAGGUGUGCGAACGAAGUUCGACAAGAUGCUCACGCCACUGGUUGAUUAAUGAAGGACAGCGUGAACGUGCUUGACAGACACAAUUCUUCAUACCGUGAUGUCUCAAAAUAUUCACGAAACCCCAAAGACAUGUUUAGCUGACUGUGGCCCAUAUAGUGAACUGGCUUACUGGGCGAAGUGUUCCCUUCCUGCAUGGGCUAGGACCAUGAAGGAAGGUAUUGUUUUAUUGUGAUGCCUAGCGGUGUUGCGGCAUUAUCUUUUUUUCGCAUAAUGUAGUAGCUAGCGCUACCCAAAAUUUGUUAUUCAUGUUAGGUACAUGUAUGUCCUCCCGUACCUUUUCUAGCUGGCCUGCGUGCACUCGCGUACUCACGUUUUGUCUCCUUUUGUUCCGUUGGCCUGGGUAGUUACUUGCGCGCCCAUAAUGGCCAUAGCUGCCCAGGCCCUUUAUCUUGCCGUUGAGAUUUGAUCUCUUCCUCUCUUUUCUCACUCUUCAAUGUAGUCGUUUCGUUCGUCUUGGUCUCUUGUCUCGUCGUCUAUAAUUAAUGUCGUUCCCAUUAACUUGUUCCCGUUGUCCUAAUUCAUACUCAACAUUCACCAUAAGUCUGGUGCAUACUUUAGUCAGCCGCCUGUUUUGCUUUAGCAUUGCUUGGAAUAACGUUCCAGGCAAGAUCCACUGUCUGCCCUCAACACUAUUGAAGUCUCUGUUGUGACUGUGAGUCCACACUAUUCGCACUACGUAUUUGAGGAUUUGGGGAAAGGAUUCCCGCCCUUUUGCGCUUAUUUUGUUUCUAUUUUCCUCAGGACAGGUUCUGAUUGUUUUAAAAGCUGUCAACUCUUUUCUGCUGUGUUCUCCUUCU